AUGGCGGCUCCCAGUAAAUCGGCGGUGGUGCUAAAGGCUGUGAAGCAAAUAGCGGUUCAGUUUUGUCCGUUUGAGUCUAAUGUCCGCUCCACACGGGAGUUUCUGGCCUUGGUGGCCUCAGAGAAGGCCAGAUCUACCAACAUGAACUGUGAGGUGAUAUCUGUGGUGAAACAUGACAAGUCUGAACCCGUAGUGGAUGUUACUUAUAUAGACGGAGAGAAGCUGGUGUUGAAGGGAGCAAAGUUGACCAGCCGCGAGAUGUUGAGCGUGUUUCAGUCAAUGUGCAAAGACAAGGAUCCACAGGGAAAAGCUGCAGCAAAAAAAUAACCACCCUCAUGUGAAAUAUAUCUGUGUCGUAUGUUCUUUGAUGUACAUAAUUAAAGUAUUUCAUUUAAAUGUG